AUUUACGUAUUAACUAUGUAUUUACUCAUUAAAGGUUAUUAUGCACAGAGACACUGCACUGUGUCCACCUUGACGACAUGUGGUCCAUGCUUGUCAUCUACCUACACUGAUGCACCCAAUGGACUGGAGUCCUGUAAAUCUUGCACAGAUUGUGACUCGAGUCUAAGAGUGAAGAGGGCAUGCAGCUCCACUUCAGACACACUCUGUGAGCCUCUGGAAGGUCACUACUGUACUGACCCAAUCAAAGAUGGCUGCCAAGGAGCUGCAGAACACACAAAGUGCUCACCAGGGCAGUACAUCAACGAGACAGGUACAGCAUCCACAGAUACUGUGUGUGGUGACUGUGUAGGCGACACAUACUCAGAUGGAUCAUUGACAUCCUGCAGACCACACACACGGUGUGAGUUGAUUGGACUUGUUGUCCUAAAAGGAUCAUCCUCUUAUGACACUGAUUGUGGUCAAAGACAACACACUGGUGCCAUUGUAGCUGGUAACCCCCCUCUGGACGUGACAAUGUUACUCGUCCUCUCUGUGUGA